AUGCAGCUAAUUGGUUGGAUGGAUGGAGUAAAGCUAUGGAUCCUCAUCUGGAGUCCCUUAGGUGGUGGUGUCAUAAGUUGGCUGUUGAUGAGAAAAAAAAGAAUCCUCCUCCUCUUGUGGAAAUAUCAUGGAAGCUGUUUAGAUUCAAAUGAUAUUAUUCAUUUUUAUGGAUUUACAAAAAAUCCAGAUACUUUGGAAUAUUUGGUAGUAAUGGAUUAUGCAAACAAAGGUAAUUUAAGAAGUAACUUAACAAGAAUAAUUGAAAGUGGUUGGGAUCAAAAAGUUUUUAUGCUGUAUGGAAUUAUUUAUGGACUUGGCUUUAUACAUGAACAAAAUCUCAUUCAUUGUGAUUUUCAUGAUGGCAAUAUUCUAAAUCAUAAUGAGGAUAAAAUUUAUAUUAGUGAUUUGGGAUUAUGUCAACCCAUAAAAUCAUCUUUAGAAGAGUCUAAAAUUUGUGGCGUUAUACCAUUUAUGGCACCUGAAGUUUUAAGAGGCAAACCUUAUACUCCAGCUAGCGAUAUAUACAGUUUUUCUAUGAUUAUGUGGGAAUUUACAUCUGGAGUACCACCAUUUAAUGAUAGAGCACAUGAUAUUCAACUUAGUUUAAGUAUUUGUAGAGGUGAACGUCCUGAAAUUAUUGAAAAUACUCCACAAUGCUAUGUAGAUUUGAUGAAAAAAUGUUGGGAUGGUGAUCCAUUAAAAAGGCCAUCUUCUGGGAAAAUUUUAGAAACUAUUGAAAAAUGGGUUUUAUAUCCUAAAGACAAGAAAAUUGAAGAUAUUAACGAAGAAUUAAAAUGCAAUAUUAUGGAAUUUAUAAAUGCACCAAUUGGGCAUAAUAAUCUUGCUACUGAAUCUCACUCACAAGCUUGCCAUACAAGUCGCUUACUUAAUUUUACUAGUAAACAAUUGAAUGAAAUUCUUGAAAGUAAAAAUUCACAAACUUAUUAUGCAACCCAUUCUUCUACUGGUAUAACUGAAGAUUUGGAUGAUUGUAUAAUUGAAGAUACAAGUAAUUAG